AUGAUGUCCUAGAAUCUAUUACCAAUCUAGUAAGCUGUGGAGAUGCAUUUACAGCACCAUUUUAACUUCGAUUUUGCUGACGUUGCCAAAGCUUUCCUCUUAAAAUACAAUUUGGAGAACAAAUUUUGCUUUACAACUAUUGCAUCCACACGUCAACUUGACGAAGAUAGAUUUGAAAUCGUUCGCCGUAUGGAGAACGUGAUGUCAUCUCGCCCUGUUUACGAGCGCAUCAUUUUCAAUCGUAAGAUGAUGGCUGUCUAGGGUUUCACUUUUGAAACUGAAAAUUAAAACGUUUACACCGAAUGCUAUUGCUACAAGCAAGAUGAUAAAGACUCGUAAAAAACCAUUUAUAAUAUGUUCCUCUAUAAGAACCCAGGGCUAAAAAAGAUGCUUAGGUUUAAACUGCACAACUGGGGUGUGUAAACCCUUGAAAAUAUCAUUAAAAAAGAUCACGAUUUGAUUGCCAAAUUGAAGGAUAGCAAAGACAAGAUGAUUGAGAAAAAAGACAAAAUUAUAAAAGAAGGUCAGGUCAUCAUUAAAGAGGGUCAGGUCAUCAUUAAAGAGAGAAUCAAUGAUCUCAAAACUUUUAAGUCAUCAACAUUCAGCAGCGCUAAGGAAGAAAGCACACCCUCGACUAUGAAAGAUAGCAAAAGCUUAUGA